ACGCCCGUUCACGCUCUUAAACGCGACCACGAUUGACCCCUUAAGCCUUACGUCUCUCUGUCUUCCCCUCUGUCUGCGCUCUCAUAGAUCUAUACCACUUGAACGACACUUGAACGACUCACGACUCCUGCGAUGACAAGUUUUUUAUCUCAACCGUCGUGGCUUCUCCUAAUGAUCUGGCUCUUCAUCUGGAGCUGGAGUGCGUCUAGAGAUCAUUCUGCUAAAGCCCAGUCAGGUCUCCCUCCAUGUGUCUCGAACUGUGCUGGAAGCGCUGCGAGUACAGUGGGUUGCAGAAAUCUAGACCUCGUUUGUGUCUGCAACUCUAACUCGUUCUUCCGUGUCGCGGAGGCGUGCAUGUCGAGUAACUGUACAACUUCGGACGAGGCAACCGGAGUCCAGUUUUUCCAGGAGGUUUGUGAAGCGGCUGUGAGCUCCUCCAUUAGUGUCUCUCCGUUACCCUCCUCGAGCACUUCGACUACUUCAGGCACACCGUCGACAAUUAGUUCAUCCAUUCGUACGCCUUCUCCCUCACCUUCAAGUUCGCAAAGUACUACAACACUUCAACCAGUACCUACCACUAUCAUCUCCACGAUAACUCAAACAGCCACACCCCUUCCAUCGCCAUCCAACACAACUCCGAUCAGCAAUCCCCCAACGCCUACUACUACUCCAUCUUCAAAUUCAAAUGCAGGCGGAAACGUGCCCACAUCAGCGACUUCACCACCAUCCAGUCCCUCGCCACCUCCAGCGUCAGGAGGGGGCGUAACACGACUUCCAUCAAGCCAAUCCAGUUCUGCUUCAAAUUCGUUGCCAAUCGUGCCUGCGUCGACUUCAACGUCGACUUUCGUUGAAUCGCCGCUCCCUCCUGCUCAACCGACAGGGAAUUUGAAUGGCUCGAGUGCUUUGAGCCCGAGGUUGGGAAGGUUCAAGUUGGGUGAUGGUGGCAUUUGGGUGGUUUGGGCUGUGAUGUUGCUUGGUUUGGCCGUCGUGAAUUCGGACUUUUUCUGGUGGUGAUCGAUAUCGACGGUGUUCAUGUUCGGCUGGUUUUGAGUCGGGCUAGGCCGUGUGAAGCUUUGAAGCUUGUGUGAUGGUCAUCGGAGGGGGCGUUAUUUGUGUUGUGGUGCCUUCAUUUAUCCCUUCUUUCUCGGGGCCGGGGGAUUGCUGUCCUGUAUGAGGUUGAAUUUGUCUUUACUUUGUCGAUGGUGAACGCUUUCGACUUCUGUUUCCUUGUUGUUCGUUUCGGGGGGUUCGGACUGUAUACUUUACGGACUUUUGUAUGACGAAUUGAAGAUUGUAAUGUAGAUUGGUAUGUAUGUACAUCAGCAACAGGGUGCAUG